CCUCACUUCACCUUUACUUCAUCUUCUCCAAAUUCCAGCCUCCGCAUAAAUCCUUCUUUUUUCAAAAUGAAUCCAAAUAUAAUGCUUCUAUUAUUCCUCCACCCCCUUUUUUCUCUGUUGAUUAUAGUUCUAGCAACCAACUAUAAUCCACAGAGUUGCGAGCCCAAGAGCUGCGGCAAUCUCACCAAAGUCUCCUAUCCUUUCUGGAUCCGUGACCAGCAGCCAGACUACUGCGGCUUCCCUGCUUUCGAGCUCCGCUGCGACGAGAAGAAGAACGCCUCAAUUCAAGUGGCACAAGAAAGUUACAUCGUCCUCAACAUCUCCUAUGAAAACCAAACUCUUAUACUUGCUCGCCCGAGUAUCGCCGGCCGCAAAGUCUGCUUUGCUCCUCAAAGCAACCUCUCCCUUUACCUUUCAUCCUUAAAAGUUAGCUCAGUCAACCACGAGCUUAUUUUUGCCCACAACUGCACGGUGUAUCCGUCUGGAUAUAAGAGGAUAGCUUGUCAUGGCCGUAACGAAAGCCUUAUUUUUCUGGGGGGAGCCUAUGGGACGCCGAAUGAUGACGGUGUCUUCGGCUCAUGUCACACGGCGGUGAGACCAGUGUUGAGUUUUCCAGGAGCUAAUGUUGAAGACUAUGGUAAGCUUCUGGCGUCUGGAUUUCUUCUCGAUUGGUCUGCGCCAGAUUGCUCGGAGUGCAGGGCGAGCCAUGGGCAGUGUGGUUAUAACAUUCAUACCCAGAAAUUUAUGUGUAUUUGCUCUGGUCGAUUACGUUGGAGGAGUUGCUCUAACAAUCAUCUGAAGGAAUUUCUUAUAAUAGGUUUUAGCACAGCAGCUGGAUUGAGCUUGGCCAUACUGUGCUUCCUUUUCUAUGUCCUGCAUAUAUGCAGGAAGAGAAGGCAGUCUUGCUCAAGUCUCCUCAAAAGAAUUACUUCUUUUCAGCCAUCUUCUAAAGCAGACUCUGAGCUCUGUUUCUCUAUCCAGUCUCCCAUCUUUACCUAUGAGGAGCUCUAUGAAGCCACAAAUGGCUUUGAUGCCUCUGGCGAACUUGGUGAUGGCAGCUUCGGUGCAGUCUACAAAGGAAAGCUGCAGGAUGGACGAGUGGUGGCAGUGAAGCGUCUGUAUGAGAACAAAUACGGCCACCUCAAGCAUUUCAUGAACGAGGUUAAAAUCCUAUCACUCCUUCAGCACCAAAAUCUUGUCAGCCUCUACGGCUGCACCGACCACCUCCAUGGCCGGCUGGCAUUCCAAUCUUUUCUGCCGUGGAAAGCGAGAUUGAACAUUGCUAUCGAAACGGCUGAAGCCCUCAACUAUCUUCACUCCAUUGAGCCGCAGAUCAUUCACCGUGACAUCAAAACCAGCAACAUUCUCCUCGACAACAGCUUCCAUGUCAAGGUUGCGGAUUUUGGCCUCUCGAGGUUCUUCCCGAGCAACGCCACACAUGUCUCCACCGCCCCGCAGGGAACACCAGGCUACAUCGAUCCCGAGUACUACCAAUGUUGUCAGCUGACGGACAAGAGCGAUGUUUAUAGUUUUGGAGUAGUAUUGAUGGAGCUUGUUUCCUCAAAGCCUGCUGUUGACUUCACCCAACUGAGGCAUGAGUUCUCUCUGGCUGACAUGGCGAUUAACAAGAUCCAAAGGCAGGAAUUAGAGGAGAUUGUGGAUUUGAGAUUGGGGUAUCAGUCAGAUCGCAGCAUAAAUAGGAUGAUUGCCCAGGUGGCGGAGCUGGCGUUUCAGUGCUUGCAGUCUGAUGGAGAGUUGAGGCCUUCCAUUAAUGAGGUGCUUGAGAUUUUGAGAGAAAUUAAAAACAGUGGCUACAAUGAUACUUCAUUGGUGGAUGAUAGGCUGUUAAAAGGCGCUCCUCCCUGCUCUCCAAAUUCUGUUACAGAAGUGUGGAUGAGCAGGGUGACAACGCCAAAUACCAGUGUGUGAGACCUAUGUAAUCAUUCAGAAAAUAAUGUCCUUUUUAGUAUGUUUAGGAGAAAUAACACUUUUACUUGGGAUAUGUAAAUGGGGAAAAUUAACAUUGGAUACCUCGAGUUAGAUUAAGGGCCCGUUUGGGACAACUUAUAAAUACGGGCGGCAUUUUGGCGUUUUCAAAAUGCCACGCGGUUGAGUUUUUACACUAAACACAGAUCGCGCCCCGCAGGACACCCGCGGGCCGCGUUUCAGGAUAAGUUGUUUAUCUGAAUAACACAAGCUGCCCUAAACGCAUCAUAAGAUAUGGAAUAUUCACUAAAUAGAGCCUUACUUUUGGCAGCUUGACUAAUUUUGUGUCCUUGUGUAUG